GGUGGAGAGGGGCAGACGUGGCAUUUGGGUUCUAGCUGGUUGUCUCCAAAUUUCACUCUGGGUAGAGGCUGCCCUGGAAAACCCUCUGCUGCAACUCCGGUCCCCAGAGUCGGUUCAUGUUGACUGUUCAGAGUCCAUGAACUAAGCUCGGCCAGGACUGAGCAUCCAGCCCCUGCCUCGGCUCAUCGGCAUCUUUUCUCUCCAAGCAGAAUAACCCACCAUGGCCUACCACAGCUUCCUGAUUGAACCCAUCAGCUGUCACGCCUGGAACAAGGACAGAACCCAGAUCGCCAUCUGUCCAAACAACCAUGAGGUCCACAUUUAUAAGAAGGAUGGAACCAAGUGGACUAAAGUGCAUGAACUGAAGGAGCACAAUGGACAGGUGACAGGUAUUGAUUGGGCUCCUGAGAGCAACCGCAUUGUCACGUGUGGCACGGACCGCAAUGCUUACGUGUGGACUCUGAAAGGGAACGUCUGGAAGCCCACCCUGGUCAUCCUGAGGAUCAACCGGGCCGCCCGCUGCGUCAGGUGGUCCCCCAAGGAGAACAAGUUUGCGGUGGGCAGUGGUUCCCGCGUCAUCUCCAUCUGCUACUUCGAACAGGAGAAUGACUGGUGGGUCUGUAAGCACAUCAAGAAGCCCAUCCGAUCGACUGUCCUCAGCCUGGACUGGCACCCCAACAAUGUGCUGCUGGCUGCUGGCUCCUGUGACUUCAAGUGCCGAAUCUUCUCAGCCUAUAUCAAGGAGGUGGAAGAGAGACCCUCACCCACCCCAUGGGGCUCCAAAAUGCCCUUUGGAGAGCUGAUGUUUGAGUCCAGCAGCAGCUGCGGCUGGGUUCACAGCGUCUGCCUCUCCGACAGCGGGAACCGCAUGGCCUGGGUGAGCCACGACAGCACCGUGUGCCUGGCUGAUGCCAACAAGAAGAUGGCUGUGGCCUCCCUGGCCUCGGAGACCCUGCCUCUCCUGGCACUCACCUUCAUCACUGAAAACAGCCUUGUGGCAGCGGGACAUGACUGCUUCCCCAUGCUCUUUACCUAUGAGGGGGGAUCCGGGGUGCUGAGCUUCGGAGGGCGGCUCGAUGUGCCCAAGCAGAAUUCUCAGCGCGGCAUGACUGCCCGGGAACGCUUCCAGAGCCUGGACAAGCGGGCCAGUUCUGAUACUUCUGCCGGCCUGGACACGCUGCACAAGAACAGUGUCAGUCAGAUCUCUGUACUCAGUGGGGGGAAAGCCAAAUGCUCCCAGUUCUGCACCACCGGCAUGGAUGGAGGGAUGAGCAUCUGGGAUGUGAAGAGCUUGGAGUCAGCCCUGAAAGAUCUCAAGAUCAAAUGAGCCAGAUCCUGACAGGAAGGUGGUUUUCCCACCUUUCCCAGGAGCAGGAGGGCCCUAGGCUGCCAGGCAUGCUCAAGGAUGCCAGCUUUGCUUCUCCUUUCCUUUUGCAAACCUGACUUCAUCACAGCCCAGACUGACUGGGCAACCCCACCCUUACCUCUGCAGAGGUCCCUGGGGAGAGUCAGGGGUACUUUCUUCUUAAAUGUCCAGGGAAAAUACCCUCGACAUAAAUGCUUUCUUUUAUAUGUAUAUUUAAAACAGAACUAUGCUGGUCAUAAGCUGCUUCAAGACGAGAGAAUAAAAAUGGAAACUGAG